AUGACAUCAUUAUAUGUGUAUGAUAGACACAUAUAUAGCCAAAGUGGGUUCAGAAGCAAAAAGAAUCUAGUGUUAGAGCUGCUGUUAACUUUAUGUGUUAUAAAAUCCAACCAUAUGGAUAUAUUCUUAGAAGAACUUACUUUCUAUAUAGCCCACCUGAUGUUGGGAAAAAUCUUAAAAGCUUAUUUCCAAUCUGAAACUCUAGUAGUUCCAGCUUCAGGUGUUGAAACUUUAGCAGUAUGUUCUAGUUCAAGCUCCAGUUCAAGUUCAAGCAGUUCCAGCUCUAGUAGUUCAAGUUCAAGUAGCUCAAGCUCUAGUAGUUCAAGCUCUAGCAGUUCUAGUUCAAGUAGUUCAAGCUCUAGCAGUUCCAGUUCGAGUAGUUCAAGCUCAAGCUCCAGCAGCUCCAGCUCCAGCAGUUCAAGUUCGAGCAGUUCAAGCUCCAGCUCAAGCAGUUCCAGUUCAAGUAGCUCUAGUUCAAGUUCAAGCAGUUCAAGUUCAAGCAGUUCAAGUUCAAGCAGCUCCAGUUCAAGUAGCUCUAGCUCAAGUUCAAGUAGUUCAAGCUCUAGUAGUUCCAGUUCAAGUAGUUCAAGCUCUAGUUCCAGCUCAAGCUCUAGUAGUUCCAGCUCAAGCAGUUCAAGUUCUAGCAGUUCAAGCUCCAGUUCAAGUUCAAGCAGUUCAAGUUCAAGUAGCUCUAGUUCAAGCUCUAGUAGUUCCAGUUCAAGCAGUUCUAGUUCAAGCUCUAGUAGUUCCAGUUCAAGCAGUUCAAGUUCUAGCAGUUCAAGCAGUUCAUCUUCUAGUAGUUCAAGUUCAAGCUCAAGUAGCUCAAGCUCGAGCAGUUCGAGCUCGAGUUCUAGCAGUUCAAGUUCGAGUUCUAGCAGUUCAAGUUCGAGUUCUAGCAGUUCAAGCUCAAGUUCGAGUUCUAGCAGUUCAAGCUCAAGCUCGAGUUCUAGCAGUUCAAGCUCAAGUUCAAGUAGUUCAAGCUCAAGUUCAAGCAGUUCAAGUUCGAGUAGCUCAAGCUCUAGUAGUUCAAGUAGUUCUAGCUCAAGUAGUUCCAGCUCAAGUAGUAAGUACUCUAAAUAUAACAUUCAUUUUUCAAAAGAGAAUACUGUAUGAUUUCUGGAAGGUAAAGUUGUUUGCCAUAUUCAGUAGUGAUUCCAUAUUUAAAUUAAGUUCAUAUUUAGUAAAUGUAUCAAAAAACAUUUGCC